GAUUUUGUGACAAAAUUUACCAUGGAUUACUGGACAAUAUCGUUAUCCAUCGUGAUAGGAGCUGUGGGAAUUUAUUAUCUCUUCAAAGAAUUCAAUUACUUCAAGAGACACAAUAUUAUCCAUAUGCCGCCUGUUCCGAUAUUCGGCUCUAUGUUGCCACUAGUACUUCGCCGCUUGUCAAUCGCAGAAUUCGCCGAGAAUUUAUACUAUUUCAACCCGGACGCCAAAUACAUUGGAUUAUACGCUGCAACGCAACCUAUCAUCUUUAUUCGCGAUCCGGAGCUUAUCAAAGAAACCUUCAUUAAGAACUUUGACAACUUUCCCAAUCGCAUAGGAUUUGGCUACAUAAACGAUCCCUUGUUCUCAAAGAACUUAUUUUCCCUUCAGGGGCAAAAGUGGAAAGACGUGAGAACAAUGUUGAGUCCAGCAUUUACAACCAGCAAAAUGAAGACCAUGUUUACUUUGAUGUUGGAGUGCGCUGUGGACUUUGCCAAGUAUUUGUCGGAAAUAUCAACGGAUAAAAACGAUAUGGACAUGAAGGACGCUUACACUAAAUAUGCGAACGAUGUGAUUGCCACGUGUGCUUUUGGAAUUAAAAUUAAUUCUUUACGUGAUCCCACAAACGAUUUCUACGUUUUCGGUAAAGAGGCUACUAACUUCCAAGGGUUUCUUAGUAGUAUCAAGUUUUUCCUUUUUGGAAACUUUCCGAAACUCGUGAAAAUUCUCGGUUUGAAAUUUAUAAGAGACGACGUGGGAAAUUUCUUCAGAAAUGUUAUCAAGUCCACAAUCGACACCCGUGACACCGAGAACAUUACACGUCCCGAUAUGAUACAAUUGAUGAUGGAUAUCAGGGGUAAACGUGAAGCUGAAAAAGAGCUCACUAUCGAGGAGAUGACCGCGCAGGCUUUCGUUUUCUUCCUCGCUGGCUUCGAAACCACUUCAACCGCGAUGUCCUUCAUCACUCAGGUGAUUUUAGACAAACCGGAUGUCCAAGCGAAGUUGCGGCAAGAGAUCGACAAUGUUCUGGAGAAUUCCAACGGAGAAGUGACUUACGAAGCUAUUAAUCAUCUUGAAUAUUUGGAUGCGGUAAUAAGCGAAAUUCUCCGACUCUAUCCACCUAUCGCCGUACUGGAAAGAUUAUGCGAGAAGGAUUACGAAUUACCGCCCGCGUUGCCGAAUAAGAAGCCUCUUACUUUAAAGAAAGGUCAGGUUGUCUGGGCACCGGUUUACUCAAUUCAGCAUGACGAGAAAUACUUUGAUGAUCCGGAAGAAUUUCGUCCGGAGAGAUUCUUGGGCAACAACACGUACCACAACUCUCCUUAUUACGCGCCAUUCGGUUUAGGGCCGCGAAUGUGCAUCGCCAAUAGGUUCGCACUGCUGGAGAUUAAAGUGUUGCUGUUUCAUCUACUGGCACGAUGCGAACUGAAACCUUGUACGAAAACUGUAUUGCCUAUAAAAUUCAGCAAAGCAGUCGUAAUGGCUGUCAAAGGUGGAUUCUGGUUGAAUGUUCAACGUAGACACGAUAUACAUCCUACAAUUCGGUCAACGACGUUGAAGAACGAUGUUACUAAUAUUUAAAAGACAUUCUAAGUGCAUUUAAACUAAUUUGAAUCAUAUGGGGCCGGUUGUAGAUGAUAGCAAAAAAUGAAAUUUCUCGAAAGAAUCUUACAUGUUUGUAUUCUGUCUCGGUAUUAAAUAAUAACGUAUAUUUAUAUUGAUAUUAUAUAUAUAUAUUUUUUUUUUUUUAAGGAUAGGAUAUAGCAAAAUAUAAAUACCUAACUCUUUAUUCUUUGUUUAGCUUGAUGUUUUAUAUAUUUCAUCUGUUUGGGGAUAUGCGGCAUUUUCAGCGCGUGGAAUUUAUGCCACAGCAUGAAUUCAUGUCCUAAAUAGUUUUUUGCAACAAAAAUGUUAUACUAUCAUUUUGCGAUGUCAUUUUUUAAUUUACAGCAGUCGUCCUAUUGCUCCAUUUUUUGUUUUUCAGUAACUACUGCAUGACUAGGCAGCUGUAGAAAUCUUAAACGUGUUGUUAUUCUCUUACGUUCUUAGAAUAUUCUUUAAUGUCUCUUGAGUUGCAGUUCAAUAGUCUCGAGACUGUAUCAUAACAUGUCUAAAAAUCAUAGUCGAACGGAGGAAAGUACAUUCAGUUCUAUUUAGUUCUAAAAAAGCAUUACCCAAUAUUAUACGGUGAUAAUUGAAUUUUGUUUUUUUCAAUUUCUAUAAUAUUAAUAUAUGUUUGUAAGCAAAUAAUAUUGUAUGGGAAAUAAUAACGAUAUUUAGUGUUACAACAAACAACUAUGUUAUCUUACAUUUACUCUGCGCCAUAUCACAAGUAUAUAAAAACACGUCAAAGUUAUUAUCAGAUAUCGCGGAAAUUGUUAUCUGUUAUGACUAGCCACUCAAGCUCAGACUGCAAAACAGCACGCUGUAAUGUCGCAGAUUGCCGUUGAAGCUGCACGACAAUUGACUCAAUAUUUUGGACGACAUCUUAGAAAUAUACUUGUAACAUUAUACUUGUAACAUCAUUUUUCGUUUUAAAUGUUAGAUUUUUUCUAUAAAUAAAUAUUUUUCUAUAAUCAAGA